UCGAGGCUCUGUACGUGGGACAGGGGAGUCGCGUGGUAUCUCCGGGCGAGGAUGGGAAUCAGCGGCUGGAUUCCCGGUUCCCCACGUCGCAGGCUCUUCGACAAAUCUGGGAAGUAAAGCUGCUCUCCCCAGCUAAGCGGACGAGUUACGUUCUACCUUCAGACAGUACUUUGGUCACCUGUCCCUCCUGCCCACUAACCUGCUGCUGUGCCACCUCCAUAAACCCUGCUAUGUGGUUGUAUACUAGCUGAAUAUUUUCCCCGUAGUGGGGAGGAAGAAUCAGUUGUUUGAGGACGCACUUGGGCGCAUCCUGAAUCUCUUUCCUAUCAAGCAGGGGAGCACAACUUUUGAGGUAAAGCACUUCUCCCAGGACAAGACAAGAGGAACGGCAGGACUUUUAUCUCUUUUCCAAGGAAAUGAAAGAGGAGUGAAGAAGCUGAGCUCCAAGAAACUGACUUGUUGUCUGAAUCCAGAGCUAGCUAUGUAAUGCUGCUGUGGCUGAUGCCCUGAGAUGGCCAAAGCGGGCACAGAUGAACCUCAGUUACCACAGGACUAUGGGGAUCCCACUUCACAGGUCAAAGAUGAGUGGUCAAUGGCAAAGACAGAGUCUCAGAGCACUGUCAAAAUUGAAGUGAUUUGCACAGAUGAUGGCGAGAGCUCUACGCAUAGCACUGCCGAGGAGCCAGCCCGCAAGCGCAAAAAGGGACCUGCCCCCAAGAUGUUGGGGGACGAAGUCUGCAGCGUGUGCGGGGACAAGGCCUCAGGCUUUCACUACAACGUCCUGAGCUGCGAGGGCUGUAAGGGCUUCUUCCGACGCAGCGUCAUCAAAGGAGCACAGUACACCUGCAAGGGCAGUGGGCAGUGCCACAUGGACAUGUACAUGCGCCGGAAGUGCCAGGAAUGCCGCUUGAAAAAGUGCCGACAGGCAGGCAUGCGGGAGGAAUGUGUCCUUUCAGAAGAGCAGAUCCGCAAGAAGAAGAUCCGUAAACACGAGGGUGAUGGGGUGCCGGCUGGGGAGAGAGAUGGAGACGAAAUACUUCGAGUACCUCCUUUGCCCUGUGACCCUGCUUUAUCCCAGCCUGAGCCAGCUCCUCUUACGCCCCAGCAGGAGGGCAUGAUCCAGCAGCUGGUGGCGGCCCAACAGCAGUGCAACAAGAGGAGCUUUAGCGAUCAACCCAAAGUCACGCCCUGGCCAAUGGGCAGUGACCCCAACAGCCGGGAGGCACGCCAGCAGCGCUUUGCCCACUUUACAGAGUUAGCCAUCAUCUCAGUGCAAGAGAUUGUGGACUUUGCCAAGCAAGUACCCGGCUUCCUGCAGCUCUCACGGGAAGACCAGAUCGCACUACUCAAGGCUUCCACCAUUGAGAUCAUGUUACUGGAGACAGCCCGGCGCUACAAUCAUGAGACGCAAUGCAUUACGUUUCUUAAAGAUUUUACGUACAGUAAAGACGACUUUCAUCGUGCAGGUCUUCAGGUUGAAUUCAUCAACCCCAUAUUUGAGUUCUCCCGGGCCAUGCGACAGCUGCAGCUGGAUGAUGCCGAAUACGCCCUUCUCAUUGCAAUCAAUAUCUUCUCCGCUGACAGGCCCAACGUGCAGGACCAUGGCCUGGUAGAGGCGUUGCAGCAGCCCUACGUGGAGGCCCUCAGUUCUUACAUCCACCUCAACCGCCCACAGGACCACCUGAUGUUCCCCCGCAUGCUGAUGAAGCUGGUGAGCCUGCGGACUUUGAGCAGUGUGCACUCAGAGCAGGUCUUUGCUUUGCGCCUUCAAGAUAAGAAGCUUCCGCCACUUCUGUCUGAGAUCUGGGAUGUACAUGAAUAGACAUUUUGAAUGGACUGGGGAAGAGGUAGACCCUCCCUCAUAUACCUCUCUCCCAGCAGCGCCAGCAGACAUGCUUCCCCAUAGUGAGUCUUUGGACUCAGCAUAAGCCUUACAAUGGCUGGACUGGGAUCCUGCCAAAAGAAUUGAGUCAAGUGAGUUACUAAGCACUUUUUUUUUCUCCUCCUCCCCAUCUACUCAUCAUCUUUUUUCCACUACUUCAGAUUUGGUGGAGGGGGAGAGGUCAGUCACCACCUUCCUUUUAAGUGGGAAGAGGGAGAAGGUAGAAAGAAAUUUCUCCCCAAAGACUGUAUUCCCUCCUGUUUGUGAAAGGCAAACAGCUAUGCCCUGCACCACACUCUGCUUUGACAGCCUACAACUGUUUCUCCCUAGGGAGGGAAAGAGUAUCGCAGUGAAAAAUAAGAGAGGGGUUGCCAUAUACCUGGUGUGUGGGGCAGAUACCCAGAAGAAAUAAACUCGUCAUGAAAAUGAAGCGUCUGGACUGGUCUCCUGAUACCCCUAUAUGAGAAAUAUUCCCUUGUAGAUAUUGUAAUAAUGCUGGGGGAGGUGGUGAAAAAAAAAUGCCAGAGUCUUGUCAGAAGAGAAAGGAAGGGGAGUUAUUAAAAAUAUUUGGCUGAGUUCAUUCAUCACUCAUAA